AUGGCCGCGCCUGCAGCUACCAUGAAAGCCGUCGUCUACGACAAACCCUUCGAGGUCGCUAUCAGACAAGUUGAGAAACCUCAAAUUCUUCACCCAGAUGACAUCAUCGUGAAAGUGACCACUACGUGCAUAUGCGGCAGUGACCUUCAUAUGUACGAGGGGCGCACGGCUGCUCAGCCAGGUAUCAUCUUUGGGCACGAAAACAUGGGGAUUGUUGACCGUGUAGGCAGCGGUGUAACGCUCCUCAAGGUGGGAGAUCGAGUGGUCAUGCCAUUCAACGUUGCGUGCGGGCGAUGCCUGAAUUGCGAAGAGGGCAAGUCUGCGUUCUGUACCCAUGUUAACCCGGGUUUCGCAGGAGGCUAUGUAGCUAUGGGUCCUUAUCCCGGGGGACAGGCGGAAUACGUCCGUGUUCCCUUCGCCGAUUUUAACGCUCUUAUCCUUCCUCCGGGGACCGAGCACGAAGAAGAUUUCGCCUUAUUGGCUGAUAUCUUUCCAACAGGAUGGCACGGAGUCGAACUCUCUGGUUUCCGUCCCGGAGAAUCUGUUGUCGUCUUCGGUGCUGGCCCUGUCGGUCUGAUGGCAGCGUACUCCGCUGUCCUGCGUGGAGCCUCGGACGUCUAUGUCGUAGAUCGCGUCGUUGAAAGACUGAAUAAAGCCAAGGACAUCGGCUGCAUUCCAAUCGACUUUUCCAAAGCCGACGCCGUGGACCAGAUUCUGAAACUCAGAGGAGGGAAGGAAGUUGACCGUGGUGUCGAUGCCGUCGGAUAUCAAGCGACUUCAGGCGAUGGCAAGACUGAGCAGCCGAAUGCUGUGCUCGAGGCUCUUAUCCGCGUCGUCCGUCCCACUGGUGGAUUAGGCAUCCCUGGGUUGUACGUUCCAAGUGAUCCAGGUGCCCCAGACUCCGCCGCAGCAAAAGGAUACAUCUCUUUCCCAUUCGGUAAAUUAUUCGAGAAAGGCCUAACCCUCGGCACGGGGCAAUGCAACGUGAAAACAUACAAUCGCUAUCUUCGAGAUCUCAUCAUAUCUGGUCGUGCGAAGCCAUCAUUCGUCGUAUCCCACAACCUCCCCCUUAGCGAGGCACCAAGCGCAUACCACAAGUUCGACAAACGGAUUGACGGAUACACCAAAGUACUGCUCCAUCCCUGA